AUGGCAAGUGCUCUUAUCCUCCGGACCAAUCUGAAUGCAGGGGUGCCAGGCCCGGAACAUUUCGAAAUGCGGCAAUAUCCACGUCCACAGCUGGGUGACGGCAUUCUGGUGCAGCUCCUAGUCGUCAGUGCUGAUCCGUACAUGCGGUACCGCAUUCGAUCCGAUGGAGAUUACAAAGCCGAUGCGCCGAUGCUCGGCUUGGUGGCCGGGAAAGUUCUAGAGACGAACGUGCCGGAAUGGAAAGUUGGGGACCUUUUCGGUGCCGAACUACCUUACAUUGACAUCCAAGCAGUACCAGCAUCGAGGCUUCGCAUGUUCCGGCGCUUGACCGGCCUUGUGAGCGAGGAGAACAUCAGCUUGGGCAUCGGAGCACUGGGAAUGCCUGGGUCUACGGCAUAUGGGGGAUUGACAGACAUUUUGCGCCCAAAAAGUGGCGAAGUUAUUUGGGUGAGCGGCGCUGCAGGAGCUGUUGGCUCCAUGGUUGGCAUGAUGGCCAAGCAUGUGUUCGGUUGCACCGUCAUUGGUUCGGCUGGGGGUCCCGAGAAGUGCAAACUGGUCACUGACCGCUUCGGCUUUGACCAUUGCCUUGACUACAAGGCCUGCAAAUCCACGAGGGACUUGAUCACGGCACUGGCUAAGCUCGCCCCCUCCGGCAUCGACAUGUAUUUCGAGAAUGUUGGCGGAAUGCACUUUGAAGCAGCCAUGAAGUGCUUGCGGCCGAACGGGCGUGUGGCCGUUUGUGGUGUCAUAUCGGAUUACAACAAGCCCAAGAUGACCCCGAACAAGAUAUACAUAUCCAACAUGAUCUACACCUCGCAACGCGUGGAAGGCUUUCAGUGUUUCCCUUGGCUUUCGGGUGAGCGUGGCAACUUCUUACAAGACAUGGCCAAGUGGGUCGACGAAGGCAAGGUGAAAGUGGAAGAGACCGUCUUCGAUGGGUUGGAGUCAUUUGGCAGUGCCUUUCGCGCCCUCUUCGAAGGAGGCAAUACGGGCAAGGUUGUCGUGCGCGUGCAAUCGUCGGCGAAGUCCAAGCUUUAA